UUGCCUUUCUCCCAUUUCUCUUGAGGAAGGUCUGCAGGCAAAACUGGAGAAAGCAGAACCAUGCAAAUGCCUCUAGACUAGAGUCAGACGUGCUACUGGAUGGAUUAAUCACAGAGCGAACAACAGGGGCUGGGACAGCUCGAGGUGGGAACCAUGCAGAGAAAUUGGAGUUUCACAGAUGUACCUUAAGUCAGUCUGGAAAGCUUGUGCAGCGUGCACAAACAAGUAGUUUCAGUCAGAGCCCACAGGGGCUGCUUGAAAGCUGCCCUAAUUGGAUUAUUUGCUUUAAUGCACCAGUUUUCAGGAAGAUCCCAUUAAUUUCCAAUCUCUGAUGCUAACUUCACACGUAUGGAGAAGAGGUCUUCUACCGCGUGGUUUCAAUUCUGGGUGAAGGAGUGAAGUGAAGGAUUAAAAGUGGUAUUGCUGAUGCAUGUGGCUAAAGGACAUGCAGUUAAGGGCCAGAUUGAGAUUCUGUUGUCACAUGCCAGAGCAGCAAAACCAGGAGACAUAGAAACAAUCCCACUCAAUGAAUCACAGAACUCAUUAAAUACAGUUAAUCUUUUUCCUCUUUACCAGCUCUACCUCUGCAGCCAGACUGAUUGGAUAGAAAUUGCAACCAGCAGCCCCUUUGGUAGCAGGGGAAAGGUUUGAACAAUGCUACAAAAUCUGUAGGGCUUCAUACAGUGAUUUAGGAUUUUUUAUUUUUUUUGCAUCAGUGGAGAAUGAAGGGAAUGAUCUACCCUGAACGGAUGAAAAAAAAAAAUCCAGUAAACGGUCAAAACAAUGUGUGAGGAGAAGCAAUGAUGAGCUGUGACCGUACGUGCAAAGUUAAAAACCCUGAGGAUUACAGAGCUUGAAUCAGGGAAAAAAAAACAUUCAAGCUAAUAAUUAUGUGACGGCGAUCGGCUGAUUGGUUUGAUCAUUCUUCUGGGAUCAAGGGGCACGGAUGUAAUGAAAUUCAAUGAAGAGAGAAAAAUCAAUACUCCAGCACUACUGCCUGUGCCAUUUUCUUCAGUGUUCCUUGCUGGGUUUUUAUGCUUUUAAAUACUGAGGAAACCAGUAGGACAAUUCAGCUCCUUAAAAAUGGGCAAAAUAUGGAACCUUUUUAAAUCUUGAUGCAGCACAGAUAUAUCAGGUCUGUGGAUAAAUAAAUCUACAAUGCCAAGCCCAGGGCUGCUGUGGCCAUCCAUGAUAAAGGACCCACAGCUACGACAACUCCAUGACUCAAAAUGUAUCUGCCCCAAAACAGCACAACCUGGUCUUAUGUCACCAGUGACUCUGCUGUGGUUGGGCCUGAUGAGCCAUGUGCUUCUCGGAUACAGUCCAGGUGUGUUGGCUGGGGAGACAUGGGGCAUGGUGUCCAUCUGCCCCUUCCACUGUGUGUGUCGGAACCUAUCAGAGUCUCUAAGCACGCUCUGUGUAAACAAAGGACUGCUUUUUGUCCCACCAAACAUUGAUCGUCGCACUGUGGAGCUUCGUCUUGCUGAUAAUUACAUCUUGGAGGUGGGAGGAGCUGACUUUGCCAACAUGACAGGACUGGUGGAUUUGACACUGUCACGCAACACCAUCCAUGCCCUACGGCCACUGGCCUUUGCUGAUCUGGAAAGUCUACGUUCACUGCACUUGGACACUAACCGCUUGACUGUGGUGGGACCUCAGGACUUAACUGGCCUUCUUAAUCUUCAGCAUCUCUUCAUAAACAACAACCAGCUUACUGAGGUCUCAGAUGACGCUUUUGAUGACUUCCUUCUAACACUGGAGGACCUGGACCUGUCAUACAACAACCUCCGCCGGGUUCCAUGGGAAGCAAUUCAGAACAUGGCCAGCUUAAGCACCCUCAAUCUGGACCACAACCUUAUAGACCAGGUUGCUGAGGGCUCUUUCAGUGAGCUCUACAAACUCUCCCGUCUAGACAUGACUUCAAACAGGCUGCAGACACUUCCCCCUGAUCCUCUGUUCUCCCGCUCACAGAUCGGUGUGAUCAGCCCCACACCCUACAAUGCCAUCAUCAGCCUGAAUUUCGGAGGGAACCCUUUGCAUUGUAACUGCGAGCUGUUGUGGCUUCGGAGGCUGACACGUGAGGAUGAUAUGGAGACUUGUGCCACACCUGUGCACCUUGCUGGACGUUACUUUUGGUCCAUUCCAGAGGAAGAAUUCACAUGUGAACCUCCUCUCAUCACCCGCAACACCAAUAAGUUGUGGGUUCUGGAGGGGCAAAGGGCCACACUGAAGUGCCGUGCCAUUGGUGACCCUGAGCCAGUCUUCCACUGGGUCUCACCAGAUGAUCGCAUUGUAGCAAACUCCAGUCGAAUCCGUUCAUAUUAUAAUGGAACCUUGGAUUUUCUGGUGACUCGUGCUAGAGAUGAUGGAACUUAUACCUGUAUUGCCAUCAAUGCAGCUGGGGAGUCCACUGCCCAGGUGGACCUGAAAAUCAUCCCACUGCCUCACCGGGGCAAUGGCACAGUCCCCCUCAUUAACCCCAGAGACCCUGGUUCCUCUGAUAUCAGCAGUGGUAGAGGAGGGGCCGUAGGAGGGGUAGGAGUGGUAACAGUAAAGAAUGUGACUGGAGGUGAGGGGGAGGAUGGAACUGGCAGUGGUAACACUGGAACCGAGAGACUGGUGGCAGUUCUGGGAGUGACCUCUAACUCUGCUGAGGUGCGCUGGCACAUGGGUAGAACUUCAACACCUUACUUAGUGUGGAUGUACCAGAUUCAAUACAACAGCACAGCUGACGAUGCACUUGUAUACAGGAUCCUGCCACCUACCAGUACGAGUUUCCUGCUGAAGAACUUGGUCUCCGGUGCAGACUACAGCUUAUGCGUCUUAGCCAUAUUUGACGAUGGCAUUUCCUCCUUGGCUACCACAAAAGUGUUGGGCUGCACCCAGUUCAGUACUAAAGAGGAUUACCCAGAAUGCCGCUCUCUGCAGGCUCACUUCCUGGGCGGCACACUGACUGUGAUGGUGGGUGGGGUGGUGGUGGUAACAUUGCUGGUUUUCACUGUGGCUAUGAUGGUGCGGCACAGAGUCUGUGGAGAUUGUCGGGAUGACGCCAACCUGUCGGGCGAGUUCUUGCCAGUCAAAGGUGUGGAUGUUUAUGCCCAGACCAACGGAAACAACAGUGUGAUGAUGGUGGCCGUGCCAAACGGGUUGCUCACUCAACAGACGAAAGCAGCACCGGCCAAAGCCAAGCACAAGGCGAAAGCCAAAAAGAACUCUGAGCCCCACUGUGGCCAGGGCAUGGACAUAGACCCAGGGAGGGAGAAAUGCACCCUCCCGUUUACACCAGAGAGUGACAAAGUGACACUCUACUACUCCUCAGCUAAAACUUCACAAACCCUUCCCCAGUCUGGACAUAAGGCUGUCAAGCAUGAAGGCAGACUGAAGCAUAGAAGGUCACUGGAUAGGGACAGGGACAAAGAUCAGGAGCAAGGCAAGAGGCAAGCCCUAUCCUCCCUUGCCCAAGCUGGGCCAGAAGAAGGAGAGGGCAGCAUGGACUUGGGGCCAGUAGAGACUCAGGUACUGGGGAAGCGAAGCAGCUCCUUCGACGCAGGCGACAUCAGUACCACCACAUGCUACAGCUACGCCAAACGCUUGAGUGUCAUCUGGACCCGUCGAAGUCAGUCGCUGCAUGGAAUGCUGGUUCACUGCGCAUCCACCACUAGUACGUCCAGUGCCAGCAGCGAGCAGUACGGCCAUGCACUGACGCAGGGCUAUCUGCACGCCUACGCCUCCAACAACUCCUCCAACUCCAACUCGAACUGUAGCAUGGCUGCCAAUCCCGGAGACCUGGAGGAGAGCGUGGUAUAGAGACUGAAGCGAGACAGGAAAUUGCUCCAUGUUUAGCAUGUACCAAGCAGAUAACCAUGCCAUGCAAAAUGUCAGAAUGAGGACGCACAAAAUGUUACCAUACAAAUGAAGGAAGGACACACUAAAAAUUAUAGUAAUUUAAAAAAAAAAAAAGGAAAAGAAUUGUCAAGAAAGAAUGGUGUAAUGAGGAGUUCUGUACACCACACAGAGUUGCCUAUUAUUUGGUGACCGCUAUUAUUCUGAGCCACUGUGAGGCCAAAAUCAAAAUCAUAGGAAGACAAAGAACAAAGGAAAGGGGGCAGGAUUUGGAGAAAUGAGAUUCACGGACCCGUUUGUUUGGUCGACAGCCUUGAAGCAUGUGGGGAUUACAACCUGGAGCUUCUGUUUCUACAAGAUUAAUUAACCAAUUAAUAAAUUAUUGAAUAAAUCAGCCACUAUUUUAUACCAAUGUGACAGCUCUUGAAUGCAAAUGUGGGGCUUACCGAGAGGAUAAGUAUCAGAAAAACAAAUGCUAAAUCCAGACAGGGAGUGCAUUAUACACUAAAGUAUGCUGCUGCAAGAAAGAAGCUCACUUUUAUGGCUAUUGAUAAAGGAAGUUGAAUGAAUAUAAAUACCUUGUAAAGGUUUUCUUUUUUGUGGUCCUCUUGUGACUGAACAUUAAUUGAAAAUGAACAGAAAGGAGUAUUAUGACUGAGAGCACUUAUAAUGGACCCAUUUGUUCAUGUGUAUGUACCGUCAUUCAAUAACGGUUCCACUGGUCUGACAUGCAAAUUUGAGUGUUCUUAUAUGAUCCUUUUUCUUCAGAACAAUAAAACAAAAGGCUACAAUGUUA